AUGGCCGGAUAUGUUUUGCAAACGCCGUUCCCGGCGACUAGUCUGGCACCGCCUCCAUCGCCGCUUGGGGCGUCUGCUGCUCAUCACAGUAUUUCGCUGCGGCGACAAGCGCUGCGGCAAGUGUCAGCAGAGGAGGAUGUUCGUCUUUUCGACGAUUUGUCGCUGCCGUGCUUCAGCGCUUCUCAGCGCCGACCCGUGUCACCAACGAAGCAUGAUGCGCACAAGGCGGGGCUGGAGAUCUCAGGCGCGGUCAUCACGGAUGCAAGUCUGCAGAUGAGCCCAGGGACGGCCACCAAUAACAGCGUACACGUCUCGUCCCUGCGCUCGGGCUCGGCUGGGCUCGGGGAGUGGCUCCACGUCCCUCCGUUGUCUGCGUUCGAACACCCGGACGCGUGGCUGCGCGAGUACGCGUUUCUUCGGGCAAAGCUUAAGCGCCCAGCGGACUCGGUGACUGUGUAUCAUGACUACGCAGCCUCCCUCAACUCGCGAGCGACAAUGCGCCAUGCCUGCGUGGUGCACCCGCUCCCUGACCUGGAGAAGGUCCAGGAGGCGCUCCGUCGCCGUUUUCAGGCGCAGGCGCCAGCGACCUCGUACGAGGUGUGCGAGCAGCAAUGUGCUGCUGACAGCUGUGCACCCACGGAGUGGGACAACAAUGCGGUGUCCAUGGCGGCGGCCCCGGAGACGGCUGACGCGUUGCGUGGCGCGCAUCGGGAGCAGCGCAACGACAUGUUUUUGCCACCAGCAACCUUGUGGUGCGUCGGCGGCUCGAGCUACGAGAACGAGAUUGUCGUCCGCAACGCCGUGACGGGCCAACGCCUACUCCGGAUUCUUGAUCCCAAAAUGAGGGUCGCUGUCACGGCCCUGCAACACGCGCCGUUUCGCGGAUUCAUGAAGGUGCACCAGCUGCACGUCCUCCCCGUGAGAGAGCCCCACGAUGUGUUGCGACUGAAGGCGUCACAGCUCGUAUUUACAGACUACGUGUGGUGCGGCUUGCAGGACGGCAGUGUGCGGCUGGUGCCUGCAAAUCACCACCACGUCCGCGCCUGCGGGGCAUCGUCGCCGUUUUCCAAAGCCCCCUCCGCCGCCCUCGUGUACGAGCUGCCGCGCUACCAGGGCGGCGCCAUUGUAUCGAUUGUUUGCAGCCCCUGCCAUGACGCCGCACGCGCCUUCGGCGACUCUCCAAAGUGGGGGCUGCCGAACCGGGUGAGCAACGCGAUCCAGUGCAUGACGGCGGUCCUCGGCGCCGAUGUCGAUAGUGCUGCAGCUGCCGGGCAAGCCGACGGUGAGCCUGUGGAUCCGGCCUCGCGUCAGCACCUCUCGCUGGUCUGCAUUGCUGCGACGGAUGCCAGCGUCGUUAUCUGGGACGCUCGGCAGGUGUACGAGGCAGUCGCAACAGUUCAGCAGCAGCGGCAGGAGCAAAACGAGGGAACCCACAGCAGCGGCGCAUCGGUGUUCCGUCACGGUGCUGCAGGGUCGCUGGCUGUCGGCGGUACCGCUGCCUCUGGCACGCCCUUUUGCUUCGAUGCAUCUGCUUCGCUGUCCGGCGUGACGGGAGUGUCCAGCGACGUCAUUACGUUCGACUGCUCCUCUCCUGUGCCUGGGCUGCAGAAUAUGCAGGUUCGGUCGAGCUGCACUCUAAUCCAGGUGAAGCCGCUGGCGAAGCUGAGCGGCGGCUUUGCUGGCCUCACGGCUCUCCGUUGGGUAUCCUCGCUCAUCGUGGCAGGCGGCUGCGACGCACCUACGAGUCACCAUCCGCGCAUGGCGACUCGAGACCCAUGCACGGCGCCGUGCAGGGGGGAAGAAACGCCGCGCAUCGAACUUGCCCAGACGAAGACGCGCUUUGACAAGCGCGAGGAGCAGCGCGGCGAGCUUGAGUUGACGGAGGAGGAGAUGCAGGGGGUGGAGCGGGAGCUGGAGCACAUGAUGCCGCCGCUGGCUGCCGAGCCGGCGCAGUCGCUGCGCGUGAAUCUGCUGGUGGCGUCGGACUGCAUGGGCACCUUACACCUGUGGAACCUCGAUGAGGAGCUGCAUCGGUGCAGCGAGGUGAAGGAGAGCGCGCUGGGGUGGCCAGCCAGCUUCGGUGCUUUCUACUACUCCAGUUUGCGGUCGAUGUCAUCUCGCUGCGACGGGCGCUCGGCCGCGAGCCACGGAAGCGGAGCGUCGCAACCCACUUCAGGGACAUCCAACGCGAGCGCACGUCGCACCUCGGCGUCCAAGGGCCACGGUGGGACUCGCAGGUCGGACCGCGUUCCCAAGAGCCGCCGUGCGUGCAGAGGUCUUGGCCUAGCCGAGGCGCGCGAGAAUCGUGCCCGCCUUUCCGAACUGUCCUCCAACAGGCCAACCUCGGGACAUAAGUCUGACGGCGAGGCCGCCACCAUACGUAAGAACCUGCAGCGACCCUCGAUCGGCCGUAGCAGCACCGAGGAGCACUAUUCGUCGCAGGCAGCACAGGGUCGGUCACCUCAGACCACUGCGGAGCGGGAAGGCCUGCGUCUGAGCGACGGCCACGGCACCGUGCCUGCCCUACCCACCUCACGCAAGUCUCUCGUGGCUCCCUCGGCAACGGUCCAGCAAUGCCCACCACUGCACAACGCACUGCCACCUCACCAUCCAUCAUCGGCGAAGAACGCCGUCCCCGUGUCCGGCCCUGUAAAGGCAAAGAAGGUGAAGAAGAGCCGUAACUCUGUCCACGAGACGUCUGUUUCCAUGUUCCGCUCUCCUCAGCAGAGCACCUCGCCAUCGCGCGGCACUGCUCAUCUGCCGAGUACCUCUCCAGGCCGCCUUUCGGAGUCACGUCACCCCGCGCAGCCGAAAACCGGCAUGCAUUCCCGCGCCAGUGUGCAACGCGGCGCCUCCAUCACGGCGAGGAAUGGGUGCGGCACUGGCAGCACCGGGCAGGACUUGUCGAUGCCUACGCAGGCAGCCAAGUGCCAGAUUCGAUUCGUGCAGGGGGCGGCAGCGGCCAUCGCCGAUGUGGCGGUGGACCUGCCGCCGCACAUCCGCACAACACUGCGCCGCAUACCAAAGCCGUCCAACCGAGUCGCGUCGUGGCAGCAUCGUCCCACAGAAGAGGAGGUGGACGCGCGGAUUCUGGAGAAUGAGUUUGAGGAGCUGACCGAAGAAAGGGCGCUUUUUUUUGCCUUUCAGCGGCUCGAGAUGUACGUUGCUGUCGACGGCGCCAUGUCGACGGUGCGCUGUUUCCCGGAGUGGCUACUGCCAGACGAGGACGAGCAAGAGCUGUUUCGGCAGCGGAACGGGGACGACGGGAGGGAAGCGGGUGGGGAUCUGGCUACGCAGGAGACGACAGGGGCGGCAGUACGGGGGUGGAUGGCGGAGGUGGCGAUGCCGGACCGUAUGAACAUGGGCGCCUUCGACCUGCACCUUCGCAAGCGCCUUCUCGACGUGCACGCACAGCCCAUCACGCAGCUCUUUUUGGACUCGUGGCAAGGUUUGUUGUGGGUGGCGCGCGAGGACGGAUUUGCGUGGAUUUUCGCCACGCGCGACAAGAGCGUCGUCUCUCGUAUGCCUCACCCGUCCGCGGACGCUCUUCUUGCCCCACCUUCGGCGCAGGAGUGGGCGAAGCUUCAGGAGCAGGGGUUGGCGCGCAGCCACCUCAGCGACGCGCGGGUGGCAAACGGCUUUGGGCUCGAGUGCCACAAGGAGUGCCGUGAUCUCCCUCCGACCCACCUCACUCAAGUCCUCCCAAUCGCGGUGCGACCGCAGCGCGCACUGCUGCUGUGCUGUAGCGCCGCCGGCGGCUGUCAUGAGGGGACAUCAGAUUGCCUGGCAGCGGCGACUGUCACCGAGUCACCGGGCCGAUCGUGCCGGCGCACACUGUCGCUUGCAGAGCCAGUGGCGGCCCGCGAUCCUCCCAAGCCAUCGGCACCAAAACUGCUGCCGUCAUUGUCUUGCAGCAGCAACACGACGACCAACAACAGCGGAAUUAUCAGUGUACCACGGUCAUGUGAUGCGGUGGCCCUCGUUUGCGUGGAUGGCCGGUCGGACAUGAAGAAUCUCGCAAAGUCACGAGAAGUCCAGCAGUGGCGGUGGCUGCGGCAGCUGCAGCUGUGCCGCGCCGAGUCAGCUGCCGUGUGCCAAGCGCAGCGGCAUCGUUACUACGCCCUGUGCGAGGUCAUUGGCAGGAAGGCGGGACACGUCAUCCAAGAGCUGGGACACUACGCCUUCCAGUCCCGCCUUCGCACAUACUUUCACCUGUGGAAGGAUCAUCUAGCGCUGUUUCGUCACACGCAUCUCAUGCGGCGGCAGCGCACAGCGCGACUGGAGCGCGAGCGUGCGUUGGCGCGUCGCUUGGAGUGCGCUCGCAUGGCGCAGGUGUGUGACGCGUACUACGCGCGGUGGCAGCGCCUUCUUGCUGCUCGGAGGUGCCGUCGUCAGGAAGAGGUGCUGGCUCGGUUUGCGCGGGCUGCGGUGGCAGUGUCGCAUGACCGUCGCACUAGCCGCGGCACGUGCUGCCGUGGCCCGCUUCCCACCGCGGCGAUGAUGGGGCACUUCCAUCGCUUGUCAGCUUUGCGGGCGUGCUGGAGGACGUGGCAGGCGUGGGCAGACGCCCAACGACUGCAGCACCGUUGCCAGAAGGGCCUGAAUGCCCUGCAGCAGUACCCGCCUCCCCUCUCAAGCACCCGCUCUUUCACGUCAUCAGCGACUUCUAUGGCGACACCGCCUCGCCGUGUUGUAUCAGGACAUCGUGCCGGCGCCGACGGCUUUGCAGCGGAAGGUACGACGACGCCAUUCCACUCGAUUCACAGCGGUGGCGUCUACUUGCGUGCCGCGUCACUGUCGUCGCCACCGGCGAGCGCCUACAGGCCAACCGCAUUGGGCAGAGGUGCUGUGGCUCCUCAGUUGGCGUGCACACAGAGCCUGACCGAAGCUGUUCCGACCGCGCUCCCGCCGGCGCUGGAGGCUCUUCUCGCUGAGCUGCUACGCGCCCGCGUUUUCGUGUUCCACUUUAGCGAUGCGCGCAGCUCGGCAACCAGUGUGCUGGACGAGUCGUGGAGUGUUAUUCUGGAAAAUGCCGAGUCUGGCGCUGAGACGGACGACGAUGACGAUCGCCGCUUCAGCGUGUUUCGCUUUGCGCUUCUGCCGCUGCUGCAGGGACUCAUCUCCACGGCGGAAGAGGUGUUGCCGAACCUGUUCAACGAGUCUGUGGCGGAGGAAGUGCUGUCCAUGCUGGUCGGCAUCGUACUGGCAAUGGACUACGUGACAGCGAACGCCGAGGCCACGUGGUGGACGCUGCGUGAAGCGGCUGUGUUGACAGGGUGCUCGGCUUUCGUUGACGGCACCGAACCGAUGCGCAGCACCUUUGACGCGUCCCUUCUCGUGCUGCGAGCAUACGCGGUGCGCGCCUUCGCGUCAGACCCGGAGGCCGCUGAGGUGUUGCGCGGGCUGGCAAACGGCAAGAAGGUGCUGGCGCAGUUUCUCGACUUCGCCAUGGAGAGGGCGGUGGCGCGACGGAUGGAGCACCUCUAG